GCCCUCCUCUCCUCUCCUCCUUCCAGCAGAGUAUUGAGCUCCCAGCUGACCUACUUUCUGCUCUCAGUCAUCCCGCUGCUGUUUACAGCCGUUGCAGAGCCGGGAUGAGGAGCUCUGUACCGGGGGAAGCGGCGGAGGAACCCCGCUGCUAGUCUGCGGAGCACCGGGAGAGGAGCGGCGGGAACGUUAGCCAGACUUUCUGGGAACAUUUGGGAAGAAGGAGGGAAACUAAAGCUCGUUAUGCAAUCGGAGGCGUUCGGCUCGCUGAGCUCGGCUCAAUGUUUUAGUUCAGAGGAGGAAAAAAUGACGGACGGCGGUUAAAGUGUUUCUGCCGCACUUCUUCAGGAUUUUUUUCCUUCGGGGGGAACCGAGGAGGAGGUGGGCAGCUGCUCCUUCCUAGGUUUUUUCAAUAAAGCGCUGAGGCCAGGUGAGGGCGGAUGGGACUUCCCAGACUUCAGAAAAGGCCCGGUUGGCAGAGGGAGUGAGUAUGGACAACCUUUCAGACUUCAGCGGGCCGUGUCCAUCCACCCUUAGGGAAUGGGAUACCAACAGCUGUGUGGAGGACUUAAUGGAUGAAGAUGAGAAGGACAAAGCAAAAAGAGCAUCUCGCAACAAAUCUGAAAAGAAAAGAAGAGACCAGUUCAAUGUGCUCAUCAAGGAGCUGUGCACGAUGCUGCAGGGCCAGGGCCAUCCGCGCAAGAUGGACAAGUCCACCAUCCUGCAGAGGACCAUUGACUUCCUGCAGAAGCAGAAAGACAUCACUGCGCAGAACGAAGUCUGUGACGUGAAGCAGGACUGGAAGCCCUCGUUACUCAGUAACGAAGAGUUUACUCAGCUCAUGUUGGAGGCCCUGGAUGGUUUCCUGAUUGCAUUAACGACGGAUGGAAACAUCAUCUAUGUGUCUGACAGCGUGUCCUCUCUAAUUGGACAUUUACCGUCAGAUAUGGUGGACCAGAGCAUCCUGAAUUUCCUCCCGGAGCGGGAACACGGGGAGGUUUACAAGCUGCUAUCAUCCCACAUGCUGAUGUCUGACCCGGUUGCUGCUGAUUUCCUUGACAGUGAGGCACAUAUUGAAUUCUGCUGUCAUCUUGCCAGAGGUAACAUGGACCCCAAGGAGCCUCCUGUGUACGAAUAUGUCAAGUUUGUUGGAGAUUUCAAGUUUCAUAACAAUGUGCCUACAUCUUCUUGUAACGGGCAUGAAGUGACGUUACCAAGAAGCCUGCAGUCGUCACUGGAGGAGCAGGUCUGCUUCAUAGCCACCGUACGCUUAGUCACUCCACAGUUCCUGAAGGAUUUGUGUAACGUGGACGAUCCUUGUGACGAAUUCACGUCCAGACACAGCCUUGAAUGGAAGUUCCUGUUCUUAGAUCACAGAGCGUCGCCGAUCAUCGGCUAUUUACCCUUUGAGGUUCUGGGAACGUCGGGCUACGACUAUUAUCACGUGGAUGACCUGGAGCUGAUAGCCCAGUGUCACAAACAAUUGAUGCAGUUUGGAAAAGGUAAAUCCUGCUACUACCGUUUCCUGACCAAAGGCCAGCAGUGGAUCUGGCUGCAGACUCAUUACUUCAUCACGUACCACCAGUGGAACUCCAAACCCGAGUUCAUCGUCUGCACUCACACCGUCGUCAGUUACGCCGAGGUGCGAGCCGAGCGGAGGAGAGCGUUUGGUCUGGAGGAUCUUUCUCCGCCGGAGAUCGCCCCAUCCUCCGUGAAGGCUCAGGAGCUGUACUUGGACAUCUGCUCCACUCUGGACGCCAAGAGGGACAGAAACGGCGGCGCUCGUUCGGUGUCGUCCCACAGCUCCAGGAAAUCGUCCCACACCGCCCUCUCGGACUCUCUGUCAGCAAACUCCUACACAGAGGCCUGCAAGCCAUCAUGGCCACCGGCCGCCGUCGGAACAGAGAAAACGCCGGGCAGACUCCAGCCUAGCGGCUCGAAGAUUUUGGCCCAGAGACAAAAUUCCUUUGAAGUCGUUCCUCAAGAGAGCAGCAAGCACUCCGCCACGCAGCAGCAGCAGCAGUCUGUGUAUCAGCUUCAGCAGCCUCAGCUCGGCGUGAUGACCCAGCUGAAGGAGCAGCUGGAGGAGAGGACGCGCAUCCUGCAGGCCGACAUUAAGACGCAGCAGCAGGAGCUGUAUGACAUCAAGGAGAAGCUCCAUCUCGCUAAUCUGCAGAUGCUGUUACAGCAGCCGAUUCACAGUGACUUAGGCCAGGCCCAGCAGCAGCAGCAGCAGAGCCCGGGAAGGCCGGCGCAGCAGAACCAGAACCAGUCUGGUGUCAUCAGGCAGCCAUCAGGCCAACAGAAAGCGUCAACCUGCGGGGCUCACAGCUCACCUACGCUCCCUCUGAGAGAAAACGCCUCUUCGUCCUCACAGGUUCAGCAGUGGAUUGCCCGCAGCAGACCAACCCAGACGGUGAGUCUACCGAUGCAGACCAACACCAGCCUGACGACGCCCUUCUACAGCAACCCCAUGAUGUUCUCCCAGACAAACACCAGGCCUCAGCAGGACCCGAACCAAAGACAGACGGAUCAGCUCAGCCAUGACGGACAGUUACGGAUGCUCCUCAAGCAGCCCAUGCAGACUGUGGUUCCUACAAGCAGCAGCGCCUCCCAGCCUUCCCAGUGCAACAUGGGAAUCUCCCAAACUCUGUACAGCUUGGACCAGCCCAUCACCUCCUUCACCAUGCAGCAGGUCAACUGUAACGCCGUGCUCGUCCCCUCCCCCGUCUUCACCUCACCCAUCAUGAUCCCACACAACAGCUUCAUCUCGCAUCAGGCCCAGUCGGCCUACCACAGCCAGCCGCAGGCCUCCCAGCACUCUGUGCAGCAGCUGCAGGCCCAGCAGUUCUUUCAGAUAAAUCAGGGUCUGGUUCACGGCGGUUCUGCUCCAACUUUCCUCCACGCCACCAACAUCCCACAGCAAAGCACCAUGGGAUACAUUCAGCAGCCACCACAGCAGCAACGGCAGUACCAACAUUCCCAGAACCAGAACCAGCCAGGCAGUGUUUCAGACUUCAGGGACAUGCUGACCCGAUAGCACUGAGGACUGGAUCGCAGCGCCAAGGAUCUGCCUCUCUGGCGCCGCUCUGUUGGCGGCGGCCAAAACCUCCUAAAUCAGGGGGCGGCAUGCCCGACGCCGACCCGGAACCACCCGCAGGAUCCGAAGACAAUCUGAGGGGUCGGGUCUCUGUUGGGGCCAAAAGGGCUGCAGCGGGUGCACAAUCAGAACCGUGACCCGGACCUGUGGAGGUUUCCUUCUAGAAAGUUCUCAUUCAGCUGUUUGCACUUUGACCCCAGAAGUAGAAUAUUUAUUUAUUUUGGACCUAAGAUGAUCCGUUUUGCUCUCAAGCUGCUCCCACCUAGAAUCUCUCUGUUUAGGGCGGGUCCAGCUCUGCAGAACAGAACUGUUCUGGAACCAGAGGAGCAGCGGAGCUGGACUGGACCUCAGAAACCCGGAGUCCGGACCCGGUGUCAGCCUGCAGAGAGGCGGAGGAAUCGUGCCUUCAACCAUAAAGACGGCUUUAAAAUCCAGCUCAGGUCCGUUUGGAUCAUCAGAGGUUUAUUUUCAUAACAGAGAAGAUUGUUCUGAAAACAGGAAACGUGUAGAUUUUCUCCUGCAGACGUUCUUCCUGGUUGCAGUUCCCGGCUAAUCGCUGCAAGAGCAUCGUUCCGACAGAAAUGUGGAAAAAAACCUUAAAAUGAAAUCAAGCUGCAAAUAAUGAUUAUUCUGAUCAUCGGUUAAUGAUCAAAAAGGAAAAAGAACAUUUAUGUUAGAAUUUAAACCAGCUGAAACUAAAUAUUCCCACUUGAGGAUUUCUGAACAAAAACCUUUUUAUCUUAAAUGCAAAAUGUUUUUCAUUCUGGUGUAAGUGCUGCUCUGAGUGGGUCCCUCUGUCAGCUGCAGUUAAUGAUUAAUCGAUUAAAUCAAUUGAUAGGUUAGUUGACUAUUAUAUUAAAAAUCGGUUAAUUUGGUUCAUUGUUUGAUCCUUAAAAUAACCUUAAAUUCAGAAGCACUUUAAUGAGAAACGAACCCAAACCUUUAAUUUAAUCAGAUACCUGAAAACCAGGAGAAACGGAGCGACAGAAAAAUACAGAAUCUUUAAAGUGGAAGAAGCUCAGCAUGAGGAGUUCAACCGGUCGAAACCAGUUCUCAUAAAAACAAACUAACAAUGAUUUUAUUUUAAGGCUUUUUUCCCGAAGCUUUGAACAGAUUUUGGACAGCUGUCCGUCUGACCCACAAACAACCAGAUCAGAUUUUAUUCACUGAAAACACAGAAGUGUAUUUGAAGGUUUCCAUGGAAACGGCUGGCUCUCCUCCUUCCUGAGCAACACGACUUUACCUCAGAAAGUUGGAGGAGCAGAAUCUGAUGGGUUAGGCUGGAUUACAGUGGAACCUGAGAUAAUCCAGAGGACGGUUAACAGAUUGGGGCGAGGCGUUUUAGUCUGUCUAUAUGGAGACAAUGUUGUUCCAGUAUUAUUGAGGGCAAAGAACAAAAAAGAAAUUUAAAUAAAAUGUUUUAAAAUAUUUUUUUAAUUAAAGAUAAACUUUAAAGAGUAACUCAUAUGUUAUAUGUUACAGUUUUCUAAUUUUAUCUUAAAUAUAAAUUUUUCAGAUAAAAAAAAAAAAAAGCUGAAUUAUUAGUUUUCUACAGAUUUCACCCUCUGCAUCUCUGUGUGGUCUGAGAACACAGCAAUAGAAAUUAGCCACGAGAAAUAAAAUUUGGAAAAACGUUUGAGAAAAAUAACAUUGUGAAAACAUAAUCCAAAAAAAUUAAAAUCAGAAAAGAACUUCGAAAUACUAACAUUUGGAAAGUAAACUCAUAAAAAUAAAAUAACAUGGGGGAAAAACAAAACAAAAUUAGGAUCAUAAAUCUGGAAGAAAUAUAUAUAAUCUGAAAAAAAUGACCAACCCUAUAAAAACUCUGGCAGAUCUUUUACACCUUACUAAUUAAUCUUUUGUCUUUUACUAUUGAGAAGUGUUUUAAAUUUCCUUUCUUAAACAUUUGCAUGAUGUUAACUAUCACUAAUAGUGGAGCAACUUUCUCCCCAUAGCCUCACAAUGACAAUCAGCAGAAACGCAGCGACUUCAGCCCCCAGAAAGCGCCAGCGUCUCUGAGCUCACGCUGGGUUGAGACGCAGCUUGCUCUGCGUGGACAUUCAGGCCGUUUUUACACUUUUGUAUGUGCAAUGUGGAUGGAAGGAGCCGGGUCGUUCUCGGGUCCGAACAGCUGUAGAUAGAGGCGUACCGCCAGCUGGUCUUAUUUAUAUGGAGUUAUUUUUGUAACAUUCCCAGGACUCGUCCUCUAAAUGGGAGGAUAGCAAGGAAGGCACGGUGCACAGGGUUUGGACCGAACCGAGCCGUGAAAAGAGAUUAAAGCAGGAAGCUGGAUCUCAGCUGCAGUUAUUCAGUCAUUUAACACUUAGAGAUUCUAGAAGAAAAAGUGCAAUUGUGUAAAAUCACAAAGUUUGUUUUAUUUAUGUGGCUGGAGCCCCCCACCCCCAUGAAGAUCCAGCUGAAGCGGUGCCAUAGAUGUCUGUGUUUCUGUUCUGACAGAUCAGUGUUCAAUAGAAUUUCAUUUAAAAGGUUAUAUAGAGUUCAGUUGUUUAAUUCUGGCCAAAAACGAAAACUAAAAGAAGGAAGCAGCACAGAAAUGUUUCGGUUGAAAGAAAACCAUGACGCUGCUGACCUGAGGAAGCCAAGGCAUAUUGUUGGAAAGUUAAGUGGAAGGAAAAAAAUUUGAUGGAAACAAGCAGCCUUUGGGAUGACAGACUGAGUGUAAAGCCUCCACACACACAUUAAAA